AUGACACCAGUUUGUAUGUUAUUUUGUCUAGUUGGAACUCAGUUGGUAGCUGAAGAUUGUGGUAUAGCUAAUGGUCCAGCGGUCAAUCAACUAAUAGUGGGCGGUACCGAGGUUCAUCCUAGAUAUAAAUGGCCCUGGGUGGGUAUGCUAAUUAGACGUGGUAUUUUCUGGUGUGCUGGUUCUCUCAUACAGAAUCAACAUAGUGAUUAUUUCUUUAUAACGACAGCUCAUUGUGUAGACAACAUCCCAGCUGAUGAAUUUAUAAUAAAAUUAGGUUCUCAUUUUAACUCUGAAACUAUCGUUGAACCAGAUCGACAAUAUCUCCAGGUCGACAAUAUUACAACUCACCCAAACUUCGACUCUAAUACUUUUGAAAACGAUAUCGGAAUACUGCAAGUUAAAAACACGACUGAAAUUCCUCUAUAUAACGACACCAUACGUCCAAUCUGCUGGGCGAAUCAGAAUCAUGUUCCAUUAGAAUUCUGUACUGUGGUUGGUUGGGGAGCUCUGUUUGAAGGUGGAAGUGAGUCAGAGACUCUACAGGAAGCAGUAAAACCAAUUCUAGAUGAUACUCAAUGUACACAACAACUCGGUUCCAGUAAUUUUAAACCUGAUUCAAUGUUAUGUUCUGGAGUAGAUAAUGGUGGUAUUGAUACUUGUACUCGUGACAGUGGUGGUCCAUUCUUUUGUCACCGUCACGGACACUGGCAGUUAGUAGGAAUAACAAGUUUUGGGUUGAAUGGAUGCGGUAGACCGAACUCCCCUGGUGUUUAUACAGACUGUUGGGACCUGAAACCCUGGGUAGAGUCUGUCAUCAAUAGUGUUUGA